CCAAAAUAUCAUCAGUUAUACUUAUAGAGGAGAAGGUUGUUUUCACGGUGUGUUGGCGGGUUUGUCUUGGUCUGUUCAGUCUUACCUAGCUUCGAACUGGUGUAAAUGUACAUUGUUUGUAGCUUGGAGCUCCCAUCGGUGCGAAUCCUUUUUUUUAGGCCAGCGAAAUAUUUGUGAAAGUGCAACGAUUUUGUACAAUGAGCUCAGGCAAAAUGUCUGAUAAGACCAAGCUGGAGCAUGCAGUUAAGUCAGUCACCCAUCUGAGGAAUCAUGUCAAACGCCUGUUCAAUGAGCUUGUUUUCGCCCCUGCUGGUUCAAGUGACAACCCGGAUGAGAGGCUAGUCGCUGCCCAGAAAAAUGUGCUGUUGGUUUCCAAAUACAUGAGUGAUAUUGAGGUGCUAACUGCAGCACUGGAUGAGAACAAGACUGGAAGCACCACACUGGGAGGACUGGGUUUGCUUAGCCAAGACGAGAGUUUGGACUCGUCCGCCCUCUACACUCGAGCAAGCCAAACGUUUACCAGUAUGAGACGGGUUGUUGAUAUUGCCUCAUGCAUCAACCACCACCUAAAUCGGCAGGAACAAUUGUCUCGUCCUUCACUGGUGCUGGGGAAUGGUACGGAGCCUCAAGCGAAAAUUGCACGGAUUGAAAUGGCGCCAGAGGCAAUGACCAUCUGGUGCACGGACUGGAAUGGCCUGCAUCCCAGACUGCAGUUGACAUUGCGUACAGUACGGGACGGCGUUCAUUUUAUCCGUGCAGACCUUCAGGCAGUGUUCUCUGCACACAUUCAACUGGACGAGGCUGGUAUUCCCGCGUACAUUGUCGUGCACGGCUGGCAGGAAUUUGCCGACUCGGCUCUGACAUUUAGUGAGAUUGUAGCUAAAUCUUCGCAACACCGUGUCUUCCAGGAGGUGUCAUCGUGCUGCCUACUGUCACUGCUGUGUAUAAGAUCGGCACAUCCCGGUAACGGCCCAGCAGUAUUCAAAUCUCUGAUGGAUAUGCUGGAAACCUACCACACCCUAUUCAGCGAUGAAUGUUCUGUCUGCAAGCGCUCAUUGUCCAUGGGAGGCAAUGACGAAGGCCCACUGCCACCAUGCUGGCGUGAAAUCAAGGGCAGCAGUCAUACAGUUUGUCAUCGAUCAUGUCGCUCGCUCUAGGGACCAUGCCACACUGACCGUUGCUACCGCAAGCGCCAUGCAUCGCGUCAGUUCAGGUACAAGUAUAUGAUAUAUAUAUUCAUUGGUUCCAUCCACGUGGGCAUCUACAUGUCGAAUGGCAUGCAAACAUGCAACUUGGGGAGUCCUCGAUAUAUCUGUGUGGUCUACUCGAUAUCUCCAUGUUCAUCCACGUGCUGUGUGGCCUACUCGAUAUCUCGAUGUUCGUACGCGUGCUGUGUAGUCUACGCCUAGCCUGGCAUCUUACUGCCUUGUGCGAACUACCUACCUCGCAAAAUAGUUCACUCCAUGACUCUUGACGAUCAGGAGUAUCACCACGGGAAACCAAUGCUUCUCAUCUUCAUCUGCCAUGGUCAGUACUGCCCAUCAAGUUGUGAUCAAGUGAAGAAAGUCUUCCAUAGUAGGCCCUGUUUGCCCCAGUGUUCCGAGUUGUGAAACUGGGCUUGGGCUUCUGUUCCUCAGCGUCUUGUGAUAUUGGUGCUCAGACCGGCUGUCCACCAAGUCAGAGUACUAGUACGUUAUGCGAAUUGCUGCUGCUGCUGUUGGUGCUGCUGCUGCAGGUGCUGUGUUGCAGUGCUAAUGGGCACACACACAUAGUGAAACUACCUGCAGCGAGCAUGGAGUUUCGUAGUGUCUGUAAUGCCCUCGGCCAUACCGUAGUGAGAUGCUGGCGGUGGACGACUCGAGUUCGCAAUGGAGCUCGCUUUUGGCCGCAGCUGAGCUGUGAGAUGCCCGCCGCUCCUGUUCCGCUGGACACACUGGCUCGUUGCCUGCACUGGCAGUGGUCAGAGCAAGGCACUCACCAAUCCCUGCGUGAUUGUGAUGCUCUCCCGCUGCUGGACUUUCUUGUUAGGCUAUGCUCUUGCUUUCUCAUGAUGACAUCGCCCUUGAGCUUUUUACCUCCUCCCUUCAACAGAUUUAUGUUGUUUAGUAUCGCCUCAAGUUAUUGAUAUUAAACCACCGUGUGUUUUACGGUAUAAUUAUGAGCACAUAUUACAUUAUUUGUUCAUACCCGUCACUGUAAUCGUUGAAAAUUUGUCUUAUUUGGAUGCAAUCCCAUUUUGAUCUCUAAGCACGAAUCCCAGACUGACGUACAAGCCAGAAUUUUCAGCAGCCGAUCAGUACUUCCAUUGUCGACUGUCA